AUGUAUCCAGGUCAAUUCAAUAUUCCAACGACUUCUCCAGCCAUCGGUGCCAAUUCCAAUGAUCCAGCACCUUCAAGUUGGCAAGGCUAUUUUCCUGACAUGCACCUUCAGAUGUAUGCGUCCCCGAUGUCUAUUGCAUAUCAAAACCUUUCCACACCCAUGAUGCAGCCCAAGCGAGGGAAUUCUUUACCCGCCCCUCCAGUUUCUUACCCUUCGACUCCGAUGCACGCAUUGCAACCAAUGACACCCUCGCAAUCAGUUCCACAAUCAUACCAUACACUUCCGGAUUCAAUGAGGCCGACUAUGACGCCAGGGAGGAUCAUACAGCCCGGAUUGCCCACAGCACAACAACAAGAAUCGAAUUCCAACACUACUCCAAUCGUUCCCAUCAAUCCAUACCCAAUGCAGCCGGUCACAGAGACAAAAGAAGACGCGUUUGUCGCGUCGGACCCAUACCAUCCACAGAAAUCAACACAGGGCGCAAAGGAAAUUUCAUCGUUUGACGAGGUCGAAAUGCCCGGUCCUCCGCGUUUGGGCUAUUAUGCACCGGCAAACACCAGUCUGGGACAUCCGACUCAAGCUAGUGCUUAUGCAUAUGCUGGUGGACGCCCUCAGGACAGGCCAGGAAGCUCGAGUCGGCCUACGGCUCUUCCCACGAAGACGGGAAAGGAUAUUGCAUCAUUCGACGAAAUCGAAACGCCCGGCCCAGCUCAGAAUAAAAGUUCUAUUGUACAGGGUUUUGCCCCAAUAUAUGGGCCUCAAGUCGCGUCGUACGGAUGGCCAAAUGGACGCGUCUCCGAUACGCCGGGAAAUAUGGCGUAUCCUUUGGAACAAGAUGGAGGUUGGGGAUUACCGGCUGCAUCAGGCUCGUACGCAUCGCCAGCGUGGAGGACGGCAUCCGAAUCUGGUAAACAACGGAGGUCUACUUACGGUUCAAAUUUUAAUAUAAAUACUCAGCAUCCACCGACGCCGGCUUUAGGUCAGGAGGAAGAUGAGAGGAACUCGUCAAAAUACACUGGAUAUCUAACAACUCCGUCAUUAGGGUAUACUUCGCUUCCCACUGUUCAAACAUAUGAGUCAGGCUGGCCUACGCCGCUGGCGAUGACGAAGACCAAAGCCAAUGACGAUCCAUCAUCAAGGAUAUCUAGUUGGGGCACUUACCCUGGUCGUACACCUUCUACCCCAUACUCUACCUCCUACAGUACCCCAGCAAUACCUUCACCAUCUGGAUGGGGCUCAGAGUAUGAAGCAGAUUAUUCACCUUCAGCGACACAGACCCGGGGCAAUGAAAGCGACCUGGGAAGUUCUUCCAAAGCCAACAUAAAAAUGCCAGAGCCUCAGAUACCCCAAAUACUGCCACCUAGGCUUGGUAGUUCCCUCGAAACAACGGGUCCGAUGCCAGUGCCUCAUAUUCCCCAAAUAAUCCCCUCUAAUCGUCAUUCUCCGUUACCUAAUUUGUCGGAAGUACCCAACGUUGGGGAGAAAACUAAUCACGAUCAUAGUAUAAUGCCCUCACCUGCGCAGCAUGCUUCCGUAUCCGUACAAACCAGUCCAAAGGAGGAUGCGCCGGAAGACGUAGUCUCUUUAGACAAUGAAUUAUCUCCAAUCCAACCUAACGAAGAACCUUUGGUCAGCACACUGCCCUUAGAUUCGCCAACGCCAAAUCGUAAUGAAAUUGAUGGGAUACCAACUUCUAUUCCAGCUCGUUCAUCAGAAGAUGAACGCCUUAGUUCAAUUAAUGAACAUAUCAUGGCAAGUAUAGGAGGGGAUAAUGAAGAAAAUUCUCCGAACUCAGCGAAGCCUACGCGAACUCCUUCACCUCUCCCAGUUCCAUCGAAAUCUACAAUAACGAUGCCUAUUCCUCAAAUUCCUUUAAUUGUUCCACCACGUUGGUAUAAUGCGACCAGGCCUGAUCCCCCAGACUUGUCUGCUCCUGAACAUGCUUCGAACCACUCAUCUUCAGAAUCUAUAUCUAAACCUGAACCAUCUUCUCCUGCCAAGUCCUCUUUUUCAUCGUGGACCAUGCCAUCGCUACCGUCAGCGUCUGUUCCGUAUGUACCUGACAUAACCCUCAAACCUUCUGUCUGGACAAGAGCGAAGAAUUUCUUCCGCUGGCCCUUCAAUGAGAGCAAACCACUCAGCACAAAGCCACAAUUUGCACCCAACCCCAUACAGCCUCCUUUUGUCGCUCCUUAUAUCCUGCCUCCACCUCCUGUGCCCAUGGUUAUACGAUAUUCGAAGGAACCUUCAAUUGACAUGACUAAAUUGGUCGUCAAUUUUGUCACCGGAACGGUACCAAGACAGGUCUAUCUACACUUUUUACUUCGUCUGCCAUCCCUUUAUUUCAGUCGCGUUGCCCGCAUUUUUGAGGAAGCCGAUCUGACGCUUCCUGAAAUCAAGAAAAUGGCGCUUGAGACUGCUUCGACAGCGAAAGGACCAGUUGACUUGCAAAUCUUUGAAUCGUCGAACAUGCCGCUGCCAUAUACUCGGCUAAAAUCGACUUGGGAAGGGUUCAUCGAUUCAGUGAUGAGGGAAUGGAAAACGUUCAACAUCAUAUCGCUCAUGGCUUUCACACAUAGUGCGAUCCUGACCAUCCUACAAAUCGACACCGCAGCGGAUGAUCCUAUUACGAGAUAUACUGCAAUUGCGUCUUUGAUCUGCGCUUUGAUCAGUCUUCUUUUUGGAUGCAUGUAUAUUAUAAGAUUCGGGACUAUGCGUAAAACUUAUAAAGCAGCUGAAUGGGCACUGGAAGCCAAGAAAACUAAAACCGUGAUUUGGUGGAAUGUGUGGGUAUUGUUGGCCAUGCCAGCCAUUUGGUUAACCUGGUCAAUCAUUUUGUACAUUGCAUGCACCAUGUCGUUUGUCUGGCGAACAAGCUCGCAAAGCGAUUCAAAUCCUAUAGUCACAUCAAAGACCGCACUUCUCACUGUCCGCAUUGUCAUCAGUUCAGUUUUAGGUCUGGGCAUAAUUUAUGGCGGACUUAUUCUGAGCACUUUCAGUCGAUAUGGGUCUGCCAUGGAUAAAGCCUGGAAAAAGAGGGUUGAUAAUUGGAUUGUGGAAAAAUAUGGUCUGCAAAGCCAGGGCGGGCAAUAUAUACCCAGCCAGCAGUACCCGUCGUCCUAUUACCAUACACCAUACAUCAGACCUGGUACAACGCCCCUACCUCCCGGAUUAGCACCCGAAUAUUACACACCAUAUGUUCAGCAACCAGGCGGUCCCUUACCCACUGGAUUCGUUCCCCAGACUUUUGGCUAUCCCUUCCAAGGAAGUACUCCGUAUGCAACACCUACGCGAUUGCCCCCUUCUGGACAGUAUAUGCCAUACAUUCCCUCUGCUAACAUCCCUGCUUAUCAACCCUCUGCACCUUAUACACCCUUUAUUCCUCCCGUUGGCUUCCCUUCCUAUGGGUAUUAUCCCCCUGCUGUUCCUUCUUAUCCGCCUUCGCCUACAAUUCCACCCGUUAUCCCUCCGGUAUCUUCUACACCAUUUAUUCCUCCCCUCGAAACUCCCAGCUCGAGUCCAGCUGAAUCUUAUGACGAACAAUUUUUCAUACCUAAUAACUUACACUCUGGACAAAGCAGCGGCCCCCGACGCACAGAUAGCGAUGAUUGGACCCAUCAAAACAACCAGCGACGCAGUUCGACAAACGCAUGGAACUACAGCAACGAGUGGGAUUACAGUACUCCGAAUCCUUCGACCCGACUUGGACAAUCCACGUCCUCGUCGGAUAUGGACAGCGUAACUCGGACAAACACACAACAUAAUGCUGGCCCAAUCCCAGAUCAUAGCAGUCCGAGCACCAGCAUACCGACGGAUCGCCCACCGGUUGGUUCUAAUUCCACCUCUGGGCGCCGAAGACGUACAAGACCCACUGUUUCUACCUCAUCUCCCACUUCUUUACCUACAGGCAUGACCAGUGCAGAUGCAAAUGGUACAUCCCCUGACGUGAACACACUCUCGCCUCUUGCAACACCUGCGAGUGCCCAUGUCACUUUCCGGUCGCCACUGGUUUCAGAAUCUGCACCGCGAAACCAGGAAGGGCCAGGGCACACAGUUCGGACAUUGAACACGGAUGAUGAUUCUGCACCAAACAUUCUAGACUUUGCUCAGAGAUCAAACGUCUCCUCUCCACAAUAA